AUGAAAAUUCAUCGCAGCAAAUCUCAAGGGAAACCGAUUACAGUUACGGCGGAACGGUUAUCCGAUCAUUCGCGUAUUACAUUUUCGAUAUCAUCUGAUAAAACAAUUGAACAAUUACGUUCUUUGUUGAAUCAUCAUCUGCCACCACAUAUUUCCAAUCAAUUUAAUCUUUACUCAUUUCAACGUGGUGCUUUGAUACAUUUUCAUCCACCGUCGUUUACAUUAGAUUAUUUUCCUGUUAUAUUCGAUCAAUCCGUUCUUUUAUUACAAAUGGAUGAUCGACAUGUAAAUAAUACAAAUGCAUUUCGUGGAAAAACUGUUUUAGAUGAGGGAAAGAAAUGUUCGAAGUCCCUAUUAAUGCGUUUUCUUUCAAUGAAGACGAAAAAAAAUAGUCUUCGCAAACCAUCGGCAUCACCGUCGUCAAAUAUUACUUGUUUAUCUAUUCUGAAAGAAUUCUUUCUUCAACGUUCCCGAUCGAACAGUAUGAAUAUGGACUAUCGAACGAAUAUCUUGACUUAUUAA